GAGAGAAACAGACCUCAACCUUCCAGCCUCUCUCAUUGGACGGCGCGCUCUCUCCAAGCCCAACUCCGCAACUUCGACAGAAAGAUCAACAAAUCGCUACCGAUUUCCUUACUUUCAAGUUUUUUUUCGGGGGGGUGGGGGCACAAAUCGAAUUUCGGCCGAACCCGCUCCCGGAAAAUCAGGUACUCACCUCUCGCCAGCCGAGGGCCAGAAAGAACCAGCGAGGACUCCGAGGGGCCUUCUGCUUGCUUUUCGCCAUUUUUGCCAAUUUGUCCCUCCGAACCAACUUUAGCAUGAUGUCGUAUCUCAAGCAACCACCUUACACAGUCAAUGGGCUGAGUCUAACUACCUCUGGGAUGGAUCUCCUCCAUCCGUCCGUAGGAUACCCAGCAACGCCUCGGAAACAGAGACGGGAGCGGACUACUUUCACCCGCGCACAGCUCGACGUCUUGGAAGCCCUUUUCGCCAAGACUCGCUACCCGGAUAUAUUCAUGCGCGAGGAGGUGGCUCUGAAGAUCAACCUGCCCGAGUCUCGUGUACAGGUUUGGUUUAAGAACAGGAGGGCGAAGUGCCGCCAGCAGCAGCAACAGCAGCAGAACGGGGGCCAGAACAAGGUCAGGCCGGCCAAGAAGAAGAGUUCCCCCGCCCGAGAGGCCAGCUCCGAGAGCGGGGCGAGCGGCCAGUUCACGCCGCCUUCUAGUACCUCCGUCCCGGCCAUCUCCAGCAGCAGCGCGCCGGUGUCCAUCUGGAGCCCGGCUUCUAUUUCUCCCCUCUCCGACCCACUGUCUACCUCCUCCUCCUGCAUGCAGAGGUCCUACCCGAUGACCUACACGCAGGCGUCAGGAUACAGCCAGGGCUACGCCGGAUCUACUUCCUAUUUUGGCGGGAUGGACUGCGGGUCGUAUCUUACUCCGAUGCACCACCAGCUACCCGGGCCUGGAUCCACCCUGAGCCCCAUGAGCACCAACGCGGUGACCAGCCACCUCAACCAGUCCCCGGCGUCUCUCUCUGCCCAGGGCUACGGGGCAUCGGGGCUAGGAUUCAACUCGGCGGCAGACUGCUUGGAUUAUAAAGACCAAGCGGCCUCCUGGAAGCUGAACUUCAAUACUGAUUGCUUGGAUUACAAAGAUCAGACCUCGUCUUGGAAGUUCCAAGUUUUGUGAAAGAGAACGUUGAGGCUGGACAGUUCCAACAAUAACACGUAACGAUAAUGACCAUCUAGUCCUGCCAUCUUCCACUAGACAUGCGAGUAAGAGACUGGACAUUUCUGAGAUGUUUCGGAUUGAGGACGGGGUAUUGAUGGAUCCCUUCACCGCCCUGCUCACUCUUUGACCAUAACACGGAGAAAAACUCUGGCCAUGAACUUUUUUUUUUCUAUUCUUGUUAACCUCGCAGGGCGCAAACAGACGACCGUCUCCUUGUCCGCGUGUAUGUGUGUGCGUGCGUCUGUCUGCGAAAGGGACACCUGUUGGUUCAGGCGAAGGAAAACGCUGAGCGAACUCUUCUUCUUCGCCACCUUGAUCAAUGCCACGGAACAAAUCGUUAUCCCAGAGAGAAAAAAAAAACAGUAAGAAGAGCCAAUCUUGGUUAAGUGCUUGGAAUGGGCAGGCUUUCCUUAAGCUUCUUAAAACUUGCCGACCUGCUUCCCUGUUGGCAAGCCAGAGACCCUUUGAUUCGGGGUGGUGUGUGGACUGCGCGCCCCCGCGGCGAUCUGGAUGCACUAUUUUAUUUAAGAAAAAAAAAUCAUGUUUAUAAGGAAUCAAUAUGUAGUUUUUAAGAGACAAUCAGUGUGUGUCUUAUAUAAAUGGUACAUAUGUGUUUUUUAUCUGUGCUAGCCUUCGAAACUGUGAUCUGUUGUAUUGUAUGCAAUUUGUGAGCGCCUUCGCACCAGCGAAACCGCUCUGCUGUGAUUUGAAUAGGUUUAUAACUUUUUUUCUGAGCGAAAAAAGUAUUAAUAAUGAUAAAAUAAUAAAAAAAAGAUUAAUUAAAGAAAUCCCAGACUGCCCAAAACCUAAAACACGAGAGGGUCGGUGUUCGGGGAAAAAAAUAAAAGGAAAACUUUCACCCAUCUCCCUAUUUCAUCCCGCAAUCUAACAACACCGUGAGCCCUAGGAUACAGCUUGUGGGGUGUCGUGUGAGCCGUCAGUGCACCGAAACAGUGGACAGUAAUUAAGGUCAUGUCAUCUGACCCCUCGUACAAUAACUAUUUAAUUAAAACUGGAAUUUUUUGUGUGUUUGCAAAUGUUGAUAGAAUAUUAUAUAUAAGUAUAUAUGCAUAAACGUCAGCCUUGAAUUUCGCACACAUGUAUGACUACAUUAAAGUCGUUCUAGCACAAAUCCAGUUGUCUUCCGCUCUUCCUGAGUUUAGCCCGCGGCGCUGAAAAGAAAUAAAGAUUCAAAGUGGAAAAUAA